AUGCCGCCGUACCGCCCGCUGUCGCUCCCCCGCGUGCCGCUCGCGCAGCAGCUGACGGCGAACCUGAUCCCCGAUCCUGUGACGCCAGCGCCUGCGGCCCUCGUGGCGACGCCCAUCUCGUUCCCGUCGCUGCUGCGCCGCUCGCGCGCCGUGCGCGAUGGCGCACACUUCUCGUAUGUGUCGCCGCUGCCGCUGCCGUUCCCGUACGACAUCCCCGUGGAUGCGCAGGGCGACCGGAACGAGCAGAUCGAGCAGGUGCUCCGGACGUACGAGGCGCCCGUGCCGCCGCAUGGCGCGGCGCACGCGGCGCCCAUCGCGCCAGGCCGCCGAACGCCACCGUACCCCGACGCGCGGCUGGUGGCCUUUUCGCCCGACACGCAUGUGGCCUGCGUGCCGCAUCUGGACGUAGGCGACGCCGCCGCGUGGAUCGCAUCGACGUCGGGGCAGGCCGCCGUAAGCUCCGGCCCCUCGCUCGCGCUCGACGAGGCGGCGCUCUACGGCGAAGCCGUGCCUGGCCGCGACGCGGAGGCGCGGCAGGCGCUGAGUGAGUGGGCGUCCGGCCGCGCCGUCUCCAUCGCGCUGGAUCCCGCGACACGCGUAGGCGAUGGCGACGGCGCCGGCGUGCACUUUCUCGCGCGCGACGAGGAGCCCGAGCGGAACGUGCGCGAGGCGCUCUCGGCGCUGCACGCCUCGCAGCGCGGCAGCGGCGCAGCGCAUGCGCCGUGGUCGCUGCGGUACGGCGGCCACCAGUUCGGCGAGUGGGCCGGCCAGCUGGGCGACGGCCGUGCCGUCUCGCUCGUCGAGACGCAGCACCCCACGACGGGCGCGCGCUGGGACCUGCAGCUCAAAGGGGCGGGGCGCACGCCGUACUCGCGCUUCGCCGACGGCCUCGCGACGCUCAAGAGCUCCGUGCGCGAGUUCCUUGCGUCCGAGUUCAUGGCCGCCCUGCGGAUCCCCACGAGCCGCGCCCUGUGUGUGGUGUCGCUGCCGACGCGCGUCGAGCGCGAGCGGGCGCAGCCGGCCGCGCUGACGCUCCGGCUCGCCGCGUCGUGGCUCCGCAUCGGCAGCUUCGAGAUUCACAGCGACCGCGGCGAGUGGGAGAGCGUGCGCGUGCUCGGCGAGUACGUCGCGCGCCACCUCUUUGGGUGGGCGGACGUGGCGCAGGGCGCGAGCGACGCGCCGCGCCCGCCAUGGGCGCUGCGCCUCGUGCGCGAGGUCGGCGAGCGCAACGCGCGGACGUGGGCGCUGUGGCAGGCCUACGGGUUCAUGCACGGCGUCCUGAACACCGACAAUAUCGCGCUGCUCGGCGAGACGAUCGACUACGGCCCGUACGGGUUCAUGGACCUCUUUGACGCGGACCGCGCGUGCAACCACUCGGACUGGAUGCACCGCUACACGUACCGGCAGCAGCCGGCGAUGCUCGUGUAUGCGAUCGAGCGGCUGCUCGAUGCGCUGGCGCCGCUCGUCGGCUUCGAGGAGGUACACGCACGCGCCCCGCGCCCCGGCGAGCUCCUCGCGGCGCCCGCCGCGGACCUCGCCAUGUGGGCCGACGCCGCCGAGGCGCACCGCGCGCCGCUCGGCGCGGCAGUG